AUGAUUUCUUCUACUCAAACAAAUUACGCAGGCCAACAAGGCUGGAACGAUUGCCUUCCCUCCACUUUUCUCGAAUCAUCUUCAUCUCCAUCUUCCUCCAAAAAACAUUCAUCUUCCUCAAAAUCUCACUCAAAACGUUACGCCGUUGCUCCUCUUCCACAAGCCCUUUAUCCAACUUCUUCUUCCACCUCUUUACAUUCCUUGAAUCAUCCACCAACAGAUGGCCCAGCAGUCUUACCUCCACCCCCAAUGUGCUUGCCCUCGGCCACAGAAAACGUCCCAUACUCGGAUGAUGAUGAUUCUUUGACCUCUUCUUCUGGCUCAAGCUCUUUUUCUUCUUCGCACAGUUGCAGUCUUAGUAGCAGCAGUAGUAGUCUUACCACAGACAAUAAUUCACAAUCAUCUUCUUCGAUACCAUCCUCAUCAGCACCUCCAUCUUUAACCGACAAUUUAGAAUCUUCUUCUUCUUCUUCUUCCGAACCCAGCAUUCUCUCCCAGCUUGAGCAGGUCUUAAGCUUACCUUCUACUCUGCCUGCUCGCGAGUUUGCUCACUACAAGGUCCGUUUGCUGAAACUGGUCCCAGAACUGGGUCCACAACAUACUAUAGUGGUGAGCCAAUGCUUGACUAUCGCUUUGGAUGGAAACAAGAGUGCAGCUCGAACCGAAAUUGUAAAGCAUAUGAUGGUUCAUGGCGCCAUUUCUUCAUGGGCAAUUCCUCUACGCAAGGUUGUAGAGUCAACCGUGCCAGAAACAUCCUAA